AUGACGGCCUUCAUGGGCUAUUUCCUGCACUUUUGUGGCUCUACGAGUGAUUUCUGCGGUAAAGGCUGCCAAAAGGAUUUUGGCGGUUGCGGCAAUGUCACAAGACCCUCCUGUUCUGGCAAUUCUGUCUCCAAGCGCACAAUUGGGUACUACGAGGCAUGGUCAAAUACUCGCAGUUGCCAAGCAGUCUCGCCGGAGGACCUCAACCUCAACGGUUUCUCCCACAUCAACUUUGCUUUCGCGUUUUUUGACCCGCAGACCUUCCAGAUCGCUCCCAUGGACACGGAGACUGGAAAGUUGUACAGUCGAUUCACAGCACUCAAAAAAAACAACGCAGGGCUAGAAGCAUGGAUCUCUGUUGGCGGCUGGUCUUUCACGGAUCCAGGAGCCACCAGGAGUGCCUUUAGCGACAUGACAAGCACCUCUGACAACAGGAAGAAAUUCAUCUCUGGCCUGAUUGACUUCAUGGAACACUACGGCUUCGAUGGUGUUGAUCUUGAUUGGGAGUACCCCCAAGCCGACGACAGAGGCGGCGUCACAGCAGACAAGAAGAACUACGCUCUACUCACCAAGGAGCUCAGAGCCGCGUUUGGCUCCCGUUACGGAAUUUCAAUGACACUGCCGACGUCAUAUUGGUAUCUCCAGCAUUUCGACCUUGCAUCCAUUCAAGACAAUGUUGAUUGGUUCAACUUCAUGGCCUAUGACUUGCACGGAACCUGGGACGCUGCUUCCAAGUUUGUUGGACCUUAUCUUGCCCCUCAUACCAAUGUCACCGAGAUUGACAUGGGCCUUGACCUGCUCUGGAGAGCUGGUGUCAAGCCUGCCAAGGUCAUCCUGGGACUCGGGUGGUAUGGACGCAGCUUCACGCUUUCAGAUGCCUCCUGCAACAAGCCUAACGGCGUGUGCCAGUUCUCUGGCGGUGCCGAGGCUGGUGCCUGUUCGAACGCAUCAGGCAUCUUGACUCUGCAAGAAAUCAACGAGGUGAUCGACUAUAACGAUGUCAAGCCGGUGUGGGACAAGGAGGCCAUGGUGAAAUGGAUUACCUGGGAUAACAACCAAUGGGUUUCAUACGACGACGACGACACGUUUGAGCAAAAGCGCAAAUUUGCCAACUCCCGUUGCUUGGGAGGUACAAUGGUCUGGGCCAUGGAUCAGAGAGAUCAGGGGGAGGAUAAUGGCUUGGCGCCGGCGUCCGGAGUCACCACCGGACAGCAAGAAGACGCCCAAGAAAUGGCCCAAGGCCUUGCCGCCGGAGUUUCGUGCUACACAACAGAUUGCGGAGCCAGCUGCAAGAAGGGCACGAAUCCAGUCACCCAAAUGAACGGCCAGCCUGGUAUGCUCUCGACCAGUGAUCGCUGCGACAAAAACAAGUAUCGCACGCUCUGCUGCGACGAUGGCACAACCAUGGGCACUUGCAAGUGGCGCGGUUAUCGCGGCUUGGGCUUGUCAUGCAUGGGUGGCUGCGACGACGAAGAGACGGAGGUUCUUCAAGACACGAAUAAUCACAGCAAGAAUGGCGACCAGACGUGUACUGGCGGUAUCCAAAGCUACUGCUGCAAGGGCUUUGAGUCGGCCCCAACAAAAGAAGAGCUAAAAGAAGAGGCCGAGGAAAAGGCCAAGGAAUUGGCCGAAGAAGCUGCUGAACAGGCAGCUCUCGACAUUGCGGCCAAGGCUUUCUGUCGACUUGCCAUUCCAGCCCUCCUGGCUCCAUUGGAGUUGAUUGAAGCUGCGAUCCCGAUCAUCGGCGAAAUCCUCGAUAUCGCCGAGAUUGCCGCGACACCAGCUCUGAUUCAACUUUGUACAGAUGGUAUUGAGAAAGAAGGCAAAGCUGUGUUCAAGGUAUUCGGUAAAGAACAUUCCUUGUCGUUCAACAAACCAUCCAAGACAGUGUCCCGGCCGCCGAAGUCUAGUCACUCGCCAGCAAAGACCUCUUCGUGCGACUCCAACGUCAAGCGCGCAGACGACGAGAGACCCUGUAAGAGACGAAAGCGCGUCAUGGUAUCACACCGAACCAGUGAAAUCGUGGUAUCGACAAGCAGGCUACCAAACAACGGCUACAUGAUCCCUUGCGCCGGCGGCGGCGGUGUUUAUCCCGAGGCUUGCAAGAAUUACAGGUCCAUUGUAGACACAUACCCGAAGUACAAGAUCAUCACAUGCCCUUACCGCAAGGUCGACGACAAGAAACGUCCCAUCACUGCUACCUUCAACAAACAGCGGGCGACGGACCUCUGGGAUCCCGUCAUCAACGCGCCUAAUGGAUGCUCUCCAGACGAAUACCCGCCAGCGGUGAUGGCACCCGUUAAUGACGGAUACAGCAUUCUCAGAUCCAUGAUCGCGGCGGAUGACAGGGAGGUACUGAGGUUCCUCAGUGCAAAGCCUCCCUCCGUAGACGGGCAGAUGGUUCGCUACCUUGACCUGAUUGACAAUCGGGAUGCCGGAAAGAUCUUUGAUAAGUGUCGUCAACCGCCUGUAGCCGAAGUUUUACACACUACCACUACUAUCAUCGACCCGGAUGCCAGGGUUCCCGUCGAGUGGCAUUUGACCAAAAUGGCACUCUCGCGUCUCGUUUGGGAACUCGACUUUGCCGGUCUACCGGAUGACUCUGAUGACUACGGUAUCGCGGACAACAUCUGCGUGCCAACGAUUAACGGAGUGAAGCACCCCGGUUACGCGCUUCUCAACGAGGAUGAAUACUUUGACACCCACCCCGCGGAGGCAGCUCUGAGAGACACGUGGCCCAAAGGUCCUUCGCAGAAGCGCUGGGUUGAGCCGGCGGGACUUGUGGUGGUGGGUGCCAACUCAACGCGAGUGGCAACGCCAGAAGAACUGCGCGACCACCUCGGAUUCGACGACUGCACGGAUAGCAGUUGCUCACGAGAAAUCGAGAAGCUGAAGGAUGUAGCCAGGACGUUCCGGGACAAGGCCGGGAGGGCGGCCAACUCACCUGCUGAAGCGCCGGCACCUGAGCCAACACCUGUCCAUGAGCAUCAUGACAUUCAAGCCCCUCCUCCAAGCCAACCCGGACGGUCGUUUGAUUCUGAUAUUCCUAUGUAUACUGGUGUCUGA